GAUACAAUUUCAAGUUUACGUUGAAGAAGCAUUACAGAAGUGAUGGUUCUGUCAACGGCAUCGCAAAGGGAUGCAAGGUUACCGGGAAGAUGUUCGGCGGGUACGACCGUCGUGCGAUGUCUUUGCCUCACUUUCUCCCGCUAGCGCCGGGGCACAACGAGGCCGUUCACGUCACAGACUUCCUGAAGGUCUGGGCGAAAUCUGGUACAUAUGUCAGUGCCGUGGACGUCGGACCUGGAACAUCGAUCAGUGGUCCUGUUGGGUUCGCGGGAGGAGAGUGCUCUGAAAGGGAGAUGGGAGGUCAGGGUGGCCUGCCAGCUACGCCUCCUGAUCAAGAGGUGGGCAUGUCAGACGACUUGGAGGACGACCAUCCCCGUGCUCCUUUGAAACCGGGCUUGCAUGUAUCUCGCCGCCACGGUUUGCUUGGGGAGUCCACGCCACAUGGAGGCGGCGAUGGCGAACGGUUGCGACAGGGCUCAAAAUCGACGACUCCUCGUUGUCUGGUCGAAAGGAUCGGUUCGUUCGUUCGUGGCCUGCAGGUGGCCGAGGUUUCGCCUGGAGAUCGAGCGGGUGGACGAGGUGCGAAAGUGGGUGCGGUUCAUGGCGUUGGCAAUGAAGAAGACGCCGUACACACCUAUCUGGAACCUGUCAACGAAGCAAAGAAAAGAAAGGAAUGGGCUGAGAAACUUCGAUACUACCUCCCGCUGGCCAUGGCAGAUGACUCCGUCUUCGCUUUGGGGUUGAAGUUCUAUGAGGAGUGGUCGAAAGGGAAACUCCUUGCUUCCGACGGCCGGCGUUGGACUGAAAAGUCGCCCACCCAUGAGGAGGUGGCCAAGCCAGGACUCUCCACUGUGACUGACAGGCAGGGGCUGAAGAAACACGUCUGGUACGUGAAGGUGGACGACCCGUCGUUGAAAAAGGGCAGGGGGAAGCCAAAGAAAGGCGCGGAGGAGAAAACUUUCUAUGUCCAAGUUCCAGAGCCGGAUGUCCACUGCUGGAAGGAAUUGGUGGACUUGACGGACCGCGAGAAGAAAAGACUGUUGAAUGGCGUCUUAAACCUUAACGUCGUGUGGGUUCAAACGAGUAGCAAAAAGUUGGUCGAGCAGGGGAAGUUCAGUGUCAAGGAGAUGGUCGACAUAAUAAAAAUGGACCGGAUUAUGCUGGAGCUGUGGCACUACGUGGAGUUCGAGUACGAGGAAAUGGAUAAGCGGGAGUGGAAUGCCAACUCCAUGUUCUUCAGGUCCAAGAAGCAACUGUUCGAAGAGUUCAAGGACAGAGGUCUCGACGACAAGCUUUGGAACGAGAGCAGGAAAUUUUUCACGGACACCACAUACGUCAACAAGUGCCCUCAGUUUCUCGGGUGUCAACACGACAACAACAUCAAGAGAACGGCGGCCCUCGUCAACGACCAGCAUUUCCCGGCGGAGUGGAAGCGUGUCGUCCUUUCGGUGAUCACUGGAGAUCACGCCAAAGGCAAAAAAAAACCUCGGGGCAUUGAUGAAUGCAUCAACAUUAUGUGGACAAGGACAAGCGCCUUCACGACGCUGGCCCAGUUUAACGUCGACCCGUUGAGUGCCAUAGAUCAUAAGCAGGCGCUGGGAAAACUAGGGCAUCAGCUACGCUCCCACACUUGCGUGCUCGACUUGUGCGGUGAUGUGGACCGUGUUCAAUGGGACUCUGGGGCAUUCGCGUCUCUGACCGCACGCGCAAGUGGUGUGGAGUCUGCUUCAGCAGGGAAGGCACGUCUUGGCCGUGGAUGUGGACACAAACUCGAAUACACCGUGCAGUAUGUCACCCAUGAAGUGUCGUCCAAGACUUACCCAUGCAAUUUCCACCAUGUCGUGGUCGAGCCCGUUUAUGACCCGAACAAGGACAUGUUCUUCAAGUUGACUCCAAAGAAAAGCCGCCAGGUCUACUCCUUCCUUUACGGCGAACAACCAAGGUUGAGAUUUGACCCGCAGUACGUGGUGCGGAAGGAAGUUGCCAUUGCGGUCCUCCAGGGCUACCACGGAGCGAGUCGGGCCAGCGCUGUGAGCUUCAUUAAGAGGUUGGAAUAUGUUUUUUUUAACGAGGAUGUUGUCGAUCCGGCCGACUUCACUUUGGAUAAGUACAAGCUGGUAUUCAGUGAGGAGGACGACUUCAAUAUCGAGACUGAGCAGGAGGAGAGCGUUGAGGACGACCUCUUCGAUUUGGACGGGCAAUUCGCCAUCUUCAACGCCCAAGUUUCUGAGUCGCCAUCAGUAUGCAAACCGGGGACACCUCUCGCUACACCUACCUCGGGCGACCAUUUCCAGCCAGUCCUUCUCGACGACGAAUGGGCAGUGGCUGUGAGGGACGUAAGUGGAGGGUGGAUAUAUGACGAUCGUUGGGACCUCGAGACAUUCAAAUCUCGCGCCUACGAUGCGGUAUUGGAGAGAUUAAAUGAGGUCAAUCGACGAAAUAAGGACGACCUUGCUCUUCGCGAAUACGGGGACACACUGUUCGAGUUCUUGCAGUCAAAUAAAUGGCUAGAAGUGUCCUCCGCGUUCUACGCCCUUCCGUCAAGCCCGUCAAUUAAGCAAGUGAGUUGGGAGUUGCUUGGGGUCACCCCGCCGGCAGGAGUUGUGAAGCGCAAGUCUCGUGGAAAGAACGAUGACGGGGAUGGUGAAGGCGGCGGGCAACGAGGUACCGAAGGUGGAAGUGAACAGCGAUCGAUGAAACAGCGGUCUCCGGGGCACGCAGGCGGCGAAGAGGGGAGAAAGGGCAGCCGGGAGAAGAAGAAGCCUCGCAGCGGAGAGAAAACAAAGUAUCACAGAGGAGACGGGCAGGGGUCCGAUGUCGACCGCGACGAGGACGGUGGGGUUCUGGCAGUAACAAGCAGCACCUCAAUGGAGAUGGGGAACGACUUGAGGCCUGGGUGUAUUACGUGGCCUGGCGAGCAGGAUCCUGUGAUUAGCUCCACCAGCGAAACACAGUUUGUCGAUGCGGUUGGCGGGGCGGAUGUCGCAAAGCAUGGAACAUGCUUCGCUCAGCUCCAAAUACGGUUAGCGGAUUGUCUCGGAUCAAUCCGAACCUCGGAGACGACCUCGUUGUCCGGAACUCAGUGCCUUCCGGGAAGCGAGACGACAACAUACCACAGGUCCGGCAGCGACAAGCUGGAACCGUGUUCCGUUUCGCCUCAAAAGGAAUUUUGGAUUAAUCCGAACCGCGAAGGCACAGCUGUCUACAGAACUCGAACGGGUGGUCCGUGUUUCCGAAAACCCUGGCAACGAAAUUCGGAUUCAUCCGAACCAGGAAGCCAUGUCUGCCAUGACAGACGAUCGGUGUCAGGAUGCAGUAAUGUUGUACGUGGAAGCCCACAAGUAGCUGCAGGCGAACUGUCCGACUGAGGGUGAGUUGGCGACCAGUUCCAAUGUUGAGCCCAACACACUCGA